AUGUCAGCUAGUGGUACUCCAACCAAGACAGAAAUAUUGAAAGGCAUGAAAGAGAUGAGGGUUGAAGUGCGAGAUGCCAUCAAGGAGGAGAUGAAGGUAAUCGAGGAGAAGAUGGAUGAGAAGAUGAAGGUAAUGGAGGGGAAGAUGGAUGAGAAGAUGAAGGUAAUGGAGGGGAAGAUGGAUGAGAAGAUGAAGGUAAUCGAGGAGAAGAUGAAAGAACUGGACCACAAGUUUGACGAUUUCAAAACUGUGAUCAGGGACGAACUGCGAACGAAUUUAGGUUUUGUUGCUGGAUGGAUGAGGGAUGUACGAGGUCCCAGUGGAGGGCAGGUUACAUCUGGAAGCAUGGACUUCACAGAUGCUUUCCGCAUCGUCAUGCAACAGGUUGCCAAUAUAGGACAACAGGUGCAGCAGAUGGGCAAUAUAGGGGAGCAGGUGCAGGCCGCCGUGGGUGAAGCUAUGCGACAGAUGGUACUGGGUGGAGCAGGCCAUGUCAUGAUGGCACAUGGGGUGAGCAACGUGAUGGCAGAUGCUGACUCGAAUGGAAGAUUGAAUGAGAGUGAAUCGGAGGAAGGUGCAGAAGUGAGCAGGGAGGGGACACCGGAGAGGAAUGCGGUGCUGGUUUCAUCACCAGGACUGGGGGAUGAUGGCAACGGUGAGAUACAAGUUGGAGGGGAUGACUUCGAAUGGGAAGGAUGGGGGCCUGGCAGACACAUGGUCCCGUUGGCUUGGCGAUUUCCUUUGCGGUGCAGAGUUCGAAAUAUGUUCAUGUGGUGGAAUUUGGGGCAAGAUGUCAUCGUGGAAGGACAAGUGAGGAGGAUUCGGCCCUUAAAGCACCUCAGUCAGGUUCCUUUCUCCGCAGACGUGAAGGAUGAGAACACGAGGAAGAAUGUAUACAAAGCAUAUCUUGUGAUGACCAUGGUGGAAAAUAUAUGCCGAGAGCAAGGAGUACUGCAAGGAAAUGAGGGGAUUAUGCCUCACAACUUCUGUCAGUGUUACAGAACAGGUUUCCGUACGCUAGUGGAAAGGGCGUACGGAGAUGAUGCAUGGACGGCGAUGGCACAGAGAAAGAGGUACUCGCAAUACUCAUACAUCACAUACUACAAGCACUUGGUGGAAUAUCGCCAGCAGGUUCGUAUUGAGAUGUCACUGGCAGUUGAAGACCAUCAGGUAGAGGCGAAUAGAAAUAGUGAGAGUGGACAAAGGACGUAUGCAGACAUUCUCCAGAGCACGUAG